AUGUCUGCGUCUUGUUGCCAAUGUGUUGGUCGAUGCUCGCUUUUAAGUGAUCGGACCCUCCUGGCGAUCUCUCUCUCGACAUUGCCACGCCUUUCCGUGGGAGAAAUGUGCCAUCCGUUCGUCCGCUGUCGGAUGCGGGCCCUAUUCAACAAACCCAAGUUGCGCGAUAGCAUCGCAAGAUCCGAUGCAAGACCUCCAUCGUCCUUGUCCCACGCUUCCAUAAGGCUAUGUUUCAGAUAUCAUAUAUUGCCCCCCCUCUCUACCUUUCUCUGCACGGGUACACGCACCUCGCACCUUCCGAACCGCGCGCUCUUUGUAAUGUCUGUCCGCUCAUCCCUGGCUGACGUGAAUGGUUGCCUGCAAGGGUUGCCCAACUAUGUCAAAACGAAAGCCGAGAGCCUGCUAGGGUCCGACGGCCAAGCAGCAGACUGUGGUGUCAUAUUUGCAUUCGCUUCGAUCAGAGAACGAUGGCACACGGUCUGGCCCGUGCUGUUUGCUUUGCUGGACAACGACCGACUCCCUUCUUACUCCAUGGACCAUUCCUCUUACUCCACCGAGGAACGCAUCCGUCUCGAAAUAUCCUGGGCGAUUGUUGUGGAGAUGGCUGAAUCGAAUACCUUGGCCAGUGUGGAAGAAGAUAUUGGCUCGAUCUGGGAUAGGUUGUGGCCAUGGCUCGCUGUAUUUAUGCAGCCAACGUCUUUUCUGGGACUCCGGCGACCUAUUGAUUCUCGAAACAUUCACUCCUCAGUCAUAUGUCUAGCCGUCGUCGCUCGAUUCAUUCGUCACGCCCAAACACAUACUCGAAUGUCAGCCGGAUCUAAUGCCGUGCGUCUCUUUGUUAUGACUUGGGUGCGCUGCUGCGACGAACCAGUCCGAGAAAAUCGAUGGUCUCGACUGGGGUUGCUCGCGAUGUAUGACUUGCUUCGUCAGUUUAUUUCGACUAUACCAACCCACAUCCAUGUCAUCGAAGAAGCCUGCGGUUCGUCCACUCGAAAAAUCGCGUUUUUUUGCAAACAAAGUUUCGACGCAACGACUCGCGAAACCGACCCCAUUAUAUCAGACUUCGCGAUCGUCUCUGUAACCUGUUUCUGGAAAGCAGUCGACUCGGCCCUGCAAUCUCGAAAUCUGCGGUAUCAAUUCGUAAAACAAAAGGUCUUAGGUGCCGCCGCGACUGCGCUGUACACCAUGGUCGCUCAACGCGAUAUGUGCGCGAAUAGAGAGAAGUCGGUAGGAGAUAUUCUGCUCUUCAUGCUGAAGAUAAGCCAGCACCACUGGGAAUUCGGAGCGUGGACGGAUGCAAUCGCUAGCAAAGCAAUCGAUGGGACUUUACUUGUAAUGCAGCGCACAGAAUCCCCCACCAACUUGCGCAUCACGGAUAUGGUGUUCUUUGGCGCUAUUGGUCGCGCUAUAUGGCGCCCAGCUUUGCUCCGCUCUAUUAUGACCCACAGAUUUAACACCGCGCUACUACUUCCAACAGAAGCGUUGACAACCCCCGAACACCGUUCCUUGCUGAACGUUUUCGCAGGCAGUCUCGACAGGAGGCUCCAGCACCUUCGAGAGUUUCCAUCCAAACCUAACCGCCGCAUGUGCUGGACGUGUGGUCGCUUUUCUUCCUCUGGCGAGCUCAAGCGCUGCCUAACUUGCAAAGAGACCUACUAUUGUGAUACCUUCUGUCAGAGAGACCACUGGCCUGUUCAUCGCCUGGAUUGCAAGACUCGUAAACUUUCGCAAAAAGCGUGUCACUUGGAUCGCGAAACCCGCAGGUUUCUGCGCCACAUAAUGGAUGAAGAUUUUUCGACGGCCUUCGAAACACUGAAGGACAACAUUGCCAACGCCUUGCACAUUGACCCGAACAUUAACGUGGUUCUGCUAUUCGACUACCGUUCCCCUAAUUUCAGCGUGGUAUUCCAAACUGGUGAAGAAUGUGCGCGGACUGGUAUCUUCGAAGACUACGAUGGGGAAGAUAUCACAACUCGCCCCAGGCGUCUCGGAAAUCGAAUCGGCAUCGACGUAGUGAAAUUCGCGGGACAGGACAAAGACUAUCUCUCUCGAUAA